AGCGCCGGGAGAGAGAGGGACGACGAGGAAGACGAGGGGGCGAGAGGGAAGGAGUGUUUGGUGUGCGGGGCUCUGUUCGCCUCUCAGGAGAAGCUCCGCCUCCACGCCGCGACGCACGGGGGAGAGAAACCUUUUCACUGCUCGCAGCCCCACUGUGCGAAGGCCUUCAGCUCCAAAUACAAACUCUUCAGGCAUAUGGCCACGCAUUCUCCGCAGAAGACCCACCAGUGCUCGUUUUGCGAGAAGAUGUUCCACCGCAAAGACCACCUGAAGAACCACCUGCAGACCCACGACCCCAACAAGGAGGCCUUCAAGUGCGAGGAGUGCGGCAAGCACUACAACACCAAGCUCGGCUACAAGCGCCACGUGGCCAUGCACUCGGCCACGGCGGGCGACCUCACCUGCAAGGUGUGCAUGCAGCGGUACGAGAGCACGCCCGUCCUGCUGGAGCACCUCAAGAGCCACUCGGGGAAGUCGUCGGGCGGCACCAAGGAGAAGAAGCACCCGUGCGACCACUGCGACCGCCGCUUCUACACGCGGAAGGACGUGCGGCGCCACAUGGUGGUGCACACCGGCCGCAAGGACUUCCUCUGCCAGUACUGCGCCCAGCGCUUCGGCAGGAAGGACCACCUGACGCGCCACGUGAAGAAGAGCCACUCGCAGGAGCUGCUGAAGAUCAAGACGGAGCCGCCGGACAUGCUGGGCCUCCUCACCUCGGGGUCGCCUCCUUGCUCGGUGAAGGAGGAGCUCAGCCCCAUGAUGUGCAGCAUGGCCCCCAACAAGGACCCCAUGAUGGGCAAGCCCUUCCCGAGCGGGGCCCCCUUCCCCAUGGGCGUGUACAACCCCCACCACCUGCAGGCCAUGUCCAACUCCGGGGUGGCCCACCCUCACCCUCACCCUCACCCUCACCCGCCGCUCAUAUCCGCGCCCCUCUCGGCGGCCAUGAGCUGCCACAUGGAACCCACUGGAUCCCUGCACCCGCACUCCCACCACCACCACCACCAUCACCACCACCACCACCACCACCAUUCCCCGCCCCACCAGCAGCAGCAGCAGCACCACCCCCAGCAGGCGCCCAAGUACCAGCUGGGAUCUACCUCAUACCUGCUGGACAAACCCUUGAAGGUGGAGAUGGAGAGCUUCCUCAUGGACCUGCAGAGCGGCCUGCCGGGCCCGGGGCCCUCGGCGGAGCCCCACGCUGCUGUUUCCCCGCCUAAGGACGGACUGGAGCCCCCUGCUGGCCUGACGGAAGAACUGUGCGGCGAUCCCCUGCUGUCCAAGAGCCCCGCGGUGAUCGCCGAGUCUCUGUGUGCUGCUAACGUUGACUUCUCCAGCCUGCUGGGCUUCCUCCCGCUCAACCUGCCCCCCUACAGCGCCCCCAUGAGCGCCGGAGGGCUGGUGAUGGGCUACACCUCGUCGGCGACUCCCUCCUCCUCGUCGUCGUCUUCCUCGACUCUGCACGCCGCCGAGCCGGCGCCUCUUACCUCUUUGCAACCGCAACCUCAGGAGCAGCAGAGCUCCGGCGGGGGCCUGGGUCUCGGACCCCUGCACCCCCUCCCACCAGUGUUCAGCUCCAGCCUCAGCAGCACAACGCUGCCACGCUUCCACCAGGCCUUCCAGUGAGCGCUUUUGCCCCGCGCACGGA